ACUGGCAGCCCUUGGCCUCCGGGGUGCAUGGAGCCCAGGAGGGCGGCGCCUGGGGAGCAUGGCUGGGGGCCUCGAGGGGCCACGGGGGUGGAGACGGCCGCGGAGCUUGUGUACCAUCUAGCCGGGGCCCUGAGCACUGAGCUGAAGGAUCUAGCGCGCCGCUUCGGGCCGGAGGCUGUGGCCGGGCUCGUGCCUCUCGUGGUGCGGGCGCUGGAACUCCUAGAAAAGGCUGCAGUCGGGCCCGCCCCCGACUCGCUGCAGGUGUCGGCGCUGCAGGCCGAACUGGAGCUGCAGCAGCUGCGCAAGGAGAACGAGCACCUCCGCAGAGAGUUGCGCUGCGGUCCACAGGAGGAGCGGGCUCUGCUGCGGCAGCUCAAGGAAGUGACCGAUCGACAGCGGGAUGAACUGCGGGCGCACAACCGUGACUUGCUGCAGCGCAGCCAAGAGACGGAGGCGUUGCAGGAGCAGCUGCAGCGCCUCCUGCUGGUGAAUGAGGAGUUGCGGCACAAGCUGGCCGCGGUGCAAACCCAGCUGCGCGCUGCACGGGACCGCGAGAGCGAGCGGGAGCUGCAGCGUCGAGGGGCCGUGGAGAUGGCUCAGCAGCAGGCACGAGAACAGGCCGGGGGUCCUGGGUGUGAGCAGAGGCAGGUGCCCGAGCAGGAGGAUGCCGCCCAGCAGCCACAGCAACCGUCUAACAUAGGGCAGUGUGGCUUCAGUCGAGAGGAGCUUGAGCAGAUCCUUCAGGAGCGGAAUGAGCUCAAAGCCAAUGUUUUUCUGCUGAAGGAGGAGUUGGCCUACUUCCAGCGGGAGCUCCUCUCAGACCAUAGGGUCCCUGGGCUUCUGCUGGAAGCCAUGAAGGUGGCUGUCAGGAAGCAACGGAAGAAGAUCAAGGCCAAGAUGCUAGGGACCCCAGAGGAAGUGGAGAGCAGUGACGAUGAGGAUGGCUCAUGGGUCCUGCUCUCCAGCCAAAAGGGAGACCACCCCCCGCCCACUGAUUCCAGGAUACAGAGUUUCUUUGGCCAGUGUUAUAGGGGCGGAGCAGAGGCCCCCGAAACCAAGACCAGCAGCACAGCUCCUGGCGAGCUAGGGGGAGAAGAAGAGACCCCGCAGCAACCCCACGUGGAACUUACGGGCAGUUCCUGAUCGGCCCUGCCCUACCCUCAGUGAACACCUUUGUCUGGGGGUCUCAGGUGCCCCAGAGGCUGGACUGUGGAGUCUGACUGUGGAUGGAUGUGUGACCUCAAGUGAGGACAGGGCUCCCUCCUUCCCAGCUCUCCCAGGCUCUUUCCCAAUCUUGGCCUGACCCAGGGCAUCGCUGGAGCUCGGCCUGUCUUCCUCCCCUAUAUCUCUGAGCUCAGCGACUGUCGUCAGAUAAAAGUGCUUCGUCUGUGAGUCUCAGUUUCCCCAUCCAUGAAAUGGAGAACUGACUAUCUACCUCCCAGUGAUUUGUGCAGAUUGCCUAAACUAAUGCAAUAAAGUAACUGCCCGUGAUACCCGGAAACUGUUCCAUGUCUGUCUG